AUGUCUGAAACCAUUAAAUACAAUGACGACGAUCAUAAAACUGUGUUCCUGAAAACGUUAAAUGAACAACGUUUGGAAGGAGAGUUCUGUGACAUAGCUAUAGUGGUUGAAGAUGUUAAAUUCAGAGCACACAGGUGUGUGCUUGCUGCCUGUAGUACCUACUUCAAAAAGCUUUUCAAAAAACUGGAAGUUGAUAGUUCAUCAGUAAUAGAAAUAGAUUUUCUUCGUUCUGAUAUCUUCGAGGAAGUUCUCAAUUACAUGUAUACUGCAAAGAUUUCUGUUAAGAAAGAGGAUGUAAAUUUGAUGAUGUCUUCAGGCCAAAUUCUUGGAAUUCGAUUUCUGGAUAAACUCUGCUCUCAAAAACGUGAUGUAUCUAGUCCUGAAGAAAACACACAGUCCAAGACCAAGUAUUGUCUAAAAAUAAACCGUCCUAUGGGGGAACCUAAUGAUACCCAAGAUGAUGAGGUGGAAGAAAUUGGAGACCAUGAUGACAGUCCAUCCGAUGUGACGGUGGAAGGAACUCCCCCAAGUCAGGAAGAUGGAAAAUCACCUACCACUACCCUGAGGGUGCAAGAGGCAAUUCUGAAAGAGCUAGGAAGCGAAGAGGUUCGAAAAGUAAACUGCUACGGCCAAGAAGUAGAGCCUAUGGAAACAACCGAAUCAAAAGACUUAGGAUCUCAGACCCCUCAGGCUUUGACAUUUAAUGAUGGCAUAAGUGAAGUGAAAGAUGAACAGACACCGGGCUGGACAACAGCAGCUGGGGACAUGAAGUUUGAGUAUUUGCUUUACGGUCACAGGGAACACAUUGUAUGUCAGGCUUGUGGUAAGACCUUUUCUGAUGAAGCGCGGCUGAGGAAACAUGAAAAGCUACACACAGCUGAUAGACCAUUCGUUUGUGAAAUGUGUACAAAGGGCUUUACCACGCAAGCUCAUUUGAAAGAGCACCUGAAAAUACACACAGGUUACAAGCCUUACAGUUGUGAGGUAUGUGGAAAGUCUUUUAUUCGGGCACCGGAUCUAAAAAAACACGAGAGAGUUCACAGUAAUGAGAGGCCAUUUGCAUGCCAUAUGUGUGAUAAAGCUUUCAAGCACAAGUCUCACCUCAAAGACCAUGAAAGAAGACAUCGAGGAGAGAAACCUUUUGUCUGCAGUUCCUGCACUAAAGCAUUUGCUAAAGCGUCUGAUCUAAAGAGGCAUGAGAACAAUAUGCACAGUGAAAGAAAACAAGUUACUUCAGCCAAUUCCAUCCAGAGUGAAACAGAACAGUUACAGGCAGCAGCUAUGGCUGCUGAAGCAGAGCAGCAAUUAGAAACUAUAGCUUGUAGCUAA